CAGCUGCUCCUCUCCAGCGGGGUCCCGUCCCUGGACGCUGUGCUAGGUGGAGGGUUAGCUGUUGGAACCCUUCUUCUUAUUGAGGAAGAUAAAUAUGGUAUUUACUCCAACUUGUUAUUCAAGUAUUUUCUCGCAGAGGGAAUUGUAUCUGGACAUCAUUUGUUUGUUGCUUCUGCUAAAGAGGAUCCUGCUGAUAUCUUGAAGGAGCUUCCAGCACCUCUGCUUGAUGAAGUGAAUGAAGAAGAAACAGUUUUUAAAUCUAAAGAAUCUCAGGACUACAUGAAAAUUGCCUGGCGUUACCAGAAUUUACCAAAAAUGGAGGCUAGCCCAGCAGCUUCUUCAAGGUUUGGUCAUUAUUAUGAUGUAUCGAAAACAUUGUCUCCAGAACUGCUUCAGUCUACAAAAUGUCAUCGUUUUUUUCUUCCUGAAGAAAUAUCUUUACACCCUAACAUUAACAUUGGUAAUAUGACCUCUGGUUACAUCAGGCUGCUUCAGUCCAUCCAGAGGAUCAUUUACCAGGAAGGAUUUGAUGGAUCCCAUCCCCAGAAAAAACAAAAAAAUAUUCUGCGGAUAGGAAUUCAGAACCUUGGUUCAGUGUUGUGGGGUGAAGACAUUUGUUGCACUGAUAAUCCAGAAGAUAUUCAUAGCCUCACAAAGUUUCUCUACGUUCUCCGCAGUCUCCUCAGAAUGUCUUUGUCAGCCUGCAUCAUCACAGUGCCAACUCAUCUUAUCCAGAAUAAAGCAAUUAUGGAACGUGUAACAAACUUGUCAGAUACGGUAGUUGGUCUUGAAUCAUUUAUUGGCUCUGAGAGAGAAACCAAUCCAUUAUACAAGGAUUACCAUGGCUUGAUUCAUAUACACCAGAUUCCUCAGCUUAAUAGCUUGAUCUGUGAUGUAUCAGACACGAAGGACCUGGCUUUUAGAUUAAAAAGGAAGCUAUUCACAGUUGAGCGACUGCAUUUGCCUCCAGACUUGUCAGACACAGUGAGCCGCUCAAGCAAACAGGAUCUGGCAGAAUCCGCCAAACUGCUGAGCUCAGGAUGUGGUGCUAUGGCCAUGGGCAAGAAGCACCUGGACUUCUAGUGAUUUCUACUUAGCAGUUUCACUCAGAUUUAUAUGACACUCUAAUUAUGACUGCUAAUGACUUAUAUAAAUAUUUUUCUUAAUGAUUUGACCCAGCAGUCCUUAAAAAUGCACAUUAUAAGAUAGUGCCUCAUUUUCUCAUUCUGAUUUCUUUUGACACAUUUGCAGAUUUUAGGUUUGGGUUUGUUUGGGUUUUUUAAAAAUAUUUACAAGAUAGGUUUUGUUACAUUAGCAAAUGAUGACUUUAUUCCCAACUGAAAUAGAAUAAUACUUUUGUUCUUGUCUCAAAAAAUUAGAAUUUCUUUUGCUGUUAAAUUUCAAGAUGUAUUACCAAACAAAGCCAACUGUGAUGUGUUAUCACAAGUAAACUAAUCUGUUUAAUAGGAUUUGUAUCAAGCAUGUAAUAUAAAUGUGAAAUAUAAUUUUCUUUAAUGAACGUAAAUGGAGGUAAAGCAGUCAUUAUUAAAUGUUGUUUAAAAGGCAAGUGUCAAUUUUUUUUAAAAGCUCAUUUUGUAUAUUUGAAAAUAUAAUUGUUAAAACUAAAAAUGGAUUACAUUAUUUUAUCAAAUAUAUAAGUGUUUAGAAAUAAUGCUUUAGAGGAUUUCAUGUGUUUUAAUAUGUCAAUAAUUAAACUGAUGAAGAAAGAAUUUCUCCAUAGUAAGAAUACAUUAUAGGUAAUUAGUUUGCCUUAUGGGUUAAUAAAUGUAUUAAAAUGCA